AUGCUCUACGCCACUACCUACCGCCACAAGGACUCUCGUCGCUGUACUGUGGGAGCAUUCUCAUUUUACAUGCUCGAGCGGUUCAUGAUUAACAAGGAAAGCCCUCCCGACUUCUCAGAUGUAGACAAGUGGAAGGACAUCAAGGUCCUUGUUGGCAGUGAUGUCCCAUCUGUGCCUGAUCCUGACCUCAGCUGA